GCAGCCGCUGGCUUCUGGAUCAGGCCGACCGCGGCCAGCUGGUCGGGGAUUUGCAGCCCCUCCGCAGACUCGCCUGGAUAAAGCUGCUGGGCGUCGUCAGCGGCGAAAACUUUGAGGCGUGGGCCGACGAGCUUGACAAGCAUCGGAAGCUUUAUGCCGAACUGGUCGACGAGUAUCGGAAGGAAACGGACGUGAAGGCCGUGGAUCCGAAGCUCUGCAAUCCGUUGUCUCGGAACGUGGACAAUCCGUACCUGAAGAUUCAGGUGAACGAGGAGCUCCUAAAGGAGAUCUGGAAAGAUGUCGAGCGAACAUUUCCAGAGUGCCAAUUCUUGUCCAGUCCGGAGAGCAGGAAGGUCCUGCAGCGGAUACUGUUUCACUGGUGUAGAUCCAGGAACCCCUCGAUGACGCCCUCGGAGAGCUAUCGGCAGGGCAUGAACGAGCUGGCUGCUGUCCUCUAUGCCGUGAUGAAGCAGGGAGAGUUCAGCAAUGGUGGCGUAGACCGUGAGGCGCUUGGCCCACGGCUCUGCGGCUCGCGCCACAACGAGGCAGAUGCCUUUGCCUGCUUCGUCCAACUCAUGGAGCGCGG